GGAUUGAGAAUGAGUGUCAUUCAAGUUCUCCACUUGAAUCGGCUAUUUUUGACUUCGAAACCUUUAUAAAUCGUAACGUUGCACGCGCUGAAAACAUUACUGGAUUAUAUUAUGCGAGACAUAACCAAAUGAACAAUGUAAAGGCUCAAAACUCCACGACACAUACCCCUGCUCAUUUCUUUCAACUUGCAUCUGAAAAAUUUCAUCCUUCAGCGCAAUUCAAUUUGGCAUUAUGCUAUCAUUACGGUAAAGGUGGUGUUACGUACUCUAACCUUCCUAAGGCUAUUGAGUAUUAUACUCUUGCGGCUUCUGAUGGACAUAAAAUCGCUCAAUAUAAUCUUGGUGUUUUGUAUCAGAAAGGCGGUAAAGGUAUUGAAAAGGAUGUAGGAUUAAGUUUGGGUUGGUUACAAAAAGCGGCUGAAGGCGAAAAUGGUUAUUUACCUGCAAAACUUGCGAUUGCGUUGCUAUGGCAAAAUGGAGUUGAAGGUGUCAUUCCUAAAAAUAAUGAUCGUGCUAAAGAAAUUUUGAACCUUCUUAUAGAAGAAAGUCGACACAAGAUCGGAAAUACUGAAACUAAUGCAAAUGCUGGUAGUCAUGAUCCUAUCUUGGAAUUAACUUCAAUAUCUUCAGCUGCACUUGCAAAUUAUUAUUUAGAGAAUUUGUCAACAAAUUCGAAAUUGCCACAGCAUCAUCAGCUUUCAACUUCUGCUCGUUAUCACUGGGAAUAUUUGUCACAUCCACAUUCUCCUGCGGCUAUCUACAACCUUGGGGUAUUGUACGAAUUUCACUUGAACGAUGUUCAAUUAGCUGUCAAAUGCUAUAAACUAGCUGUUCAGUUAGCGAAUAUCAAUAAAUCGUUCAAUAAUAGCCAAUUACCCUCUUCAAUUAACCAAGAAGAUCUUCAAUGCGUACAAAACGCUAUGUGGAACCUGGGUGUUAUAUUUGCAAAAGGAAAAGGCGGCUUACAAAAAGAUUUCAAAGAGGCCAAGAGAUG